UACAUUUGUCGCGUCGUCCUCUCUCAAAGCAGCGCCUGGGCUCUUCUAUACGCGGUUUUCUCAUCGUCGACCCGUUCACCUUUCCUCAUCGAACCAUUUUCGCGCUGUCGUCUAAUCGAUUUCUCGAGUUUGAGCUCGCACUUCUUAUCGUUCGAGUCAUACGAGACUACCCCAAGCAUCGAAGCAACAUAAAGCAUUGAGCUCUGCCUUCUUGUCCUCUUUACCAUCUCGAUUUUUUCGAUCAUCGUCGGCGUUCUGAACGAGUUGCUCUGCGGCUCAAUUUUUCGCAAAUCGCACAGCCUUCCAGCUCAACUUCAGUCUCAUCUUUCUUGAAUAGUCGAAUUUCCUACGAUGUCUGAUAACGGUCCCCCUCCUUCUAGCGCUCAGCUCCCGCCACCACCGCAGACCACUGCUGGUGCGCCGGGCUACGAAAACGGUCAUAACGGUCAAACGAAUCCUCAUAUGCCCCCACCACCUCUUCCUCCGGUUAUCAUCCCACAGAACACCAAUCCGAUCCCGACGGCCAUCACAUCACCAAUGGGCGAGAAUGGAGGCAUGAUGUCGCCUGAUAGCGCUGGUGGAUUUGUGCGCCGUGCUGCACCUGAGCCGAAUAAGCGUGCUUUGUAUGUUGGAGGUCUUGAUCCCAGAGUCACAGAAGAUGUGCUCCGUCAAAUCUUCGAAACUACUGGUCAUGUCCAAAAUGUCAAAAUCAUUCCUGACAAGAAUGUAGGUGCUUUUCAGUCGAAGGGAUUCAACUACGGUUUUGUUGAAUACGACGACCCAGGAGCGGCUGAACGAGCCAUGCAAACCCUCAACGGCAGACGCGUUCACCAAGCGGAAAUCCGUGUCAACUGGGCGUAUCAAUCAAACACCUCCAACAAGGAAGAUACCUCCAACCACUUCCAUAUUUUCGUCGGCGAUCUGUCCAACGAGGUCAACGAUGAAGUCCUCCUCCAAGCUUUCUCCGCUUUUGGCUCCGUCUCCGAAGCACGCGUCAUGUGGGACAUGAAGACCGGUCGGUCCAGAGGUUAUGGCUUUGUCGCUUUCCGUGAACGACAGGAUGCAGAAAAGGCACUGAGUUCCAUGGAUGGUGAAUGGCUUGGGUCGCGUGCAAUUCGUUGCAACUGGGCCAAUCAAAAGGGACAACCGUCGAUCUCUCAGCAACAAGCUAUGUCUGCUAUGGGCAUGACUCCUACAACCCCAUUCGGCCAUCACCACUUCCCCACCCAUGGUGUUCAGAGCUACGACAUGAUCGUCCAACAAACUCCCCAAUGGCAAACCACGUGCUAUGUUGGCAACCUGACCCCUUACACCACUCAGAAUGACCUCGUUCCCCUCUUCCAAAACUUCGGAUAUGUCGUCGAGACUCGCUUCCAAGCUGAUCGAGGAUUCGCCUUCGUUAAGAUGGACACCCAUGAAAAUGCAGCCAUGGCUAUCUGUCAGUUAAGCGGCUACAACGUCAAUGGACGCCCUCUCAAGUGCAGUUGGGGUAAGGAUAAGGCGCCUACUUCGGCCGGAGGAGCCUUCGAUGGAUCUCAGCAAGGUUACAGCCCACAAGGCGGUGCGACUCCUGGAGGUUACCCAGGAACUCCCGCCGCUUACUUCCCUCAAUAUGGUGGCCAGUUCCCUGGUCAGCAAGGUGGAUAUGGUGGACCGCCAGCCCAAUCCCCUGGUCAAUAUGCAGGUCAACAAAUGGGCUAUGGAGGUUCUGCCAGCGCUGGAGGAUAUGGUCGUGGUGCACCCACACCUACUGCCCAAUGGAGUGCACCAGCAGCCCAAAGCUUUGGAGGUGCUUUCAAUGGUUACCAAGGCUAGACGUAAAUUUCUGACAGUUCUUGCAAACUAUGUCAGGGUGUUUGAUGGUAUGAGUUUCUAUGGUUUCGCAGGGAUUGGGAUAUCAAAUCUGGCAG